AGUUAGGCUUUGAAACGUUAAAACAUUAAGAUUAUUUUCUAAAGGAACUAAACAACCCGGAACUCUACAAGGGAGAUACGGAACACAAACCCCAGCCUUAAAACUUUUGUUUUGUUUUGUUUUUCUUUGCGCUUUACCGACUUUCUUUUAUAAAAAGCUAACCGGAACAAAGGACUCACUCCAAAGAUCGCCGCUUAUUUUUGUUAUAGCGUCGACCUUGAAUAUCCCUGUCGUCGAACCCUAUAUGUUUUUGGAUUUAAAACUCAUAGCCCGCUGUUCUACUAUGGUCAUUAUGGAAGUUCCCACCAUCGACUGCGCGUCCCUCCGAGCUCUUAUGGCAGGCGACGCGCCGGACUGCCUGGUGCUGGACUGCCGCUCCUUCCUCUCCUUCAACGCCUCUCACAUCUCCGGCUCCACCAACGUGCGUUUUAGCACCAUCGUCCGGCGGAGGGCAAGGGGCGGCCUGGGUCUGGAGCACAUCGUCCCCAACGAGGACACCAGGAACCGGCUCCUGUCCGGGGAGUACCAGUCCGUGGUGCUGCUGGACGACCGGAGCGCGGACCUCAGCCAGGCCAAGAAGGACGGGACGCUGACGCUGGCUGUUACCGCGCUCUGCCGCAGCCCCUGCGGGGUCAGCGUGUUCAUCCUCCGAGGUGGAUUUGAGCGUUUCUCCUCUGAGUAUCCAGAGAUGUGCACCAAAGCCUCCCCUCCCCAGGGGCUCAGUUUGCCCCUGAGCGCCAGAAACCCAGACCCAAACUGCAGUCCAUGCAACACGCCUCUCUAUGAUCAGGGGGGUCCCGUGGAGAUCCUGCCAUUCCUGUACCUUGGCAGUGCCUACCACGCGUCCAGAAAGGACAUGCUGGACAUGCUGGGGAUCACCGCCCUCAUCAACGUCUCUUCCAACUGUCCCAACCACUUCGAGGACUCCUUCCUGUACAAGAGCAUCCCCGUGGAGGACAACCACAAAGCCGACAUCAGCUCCUGGUUCAACGAGGCCAUCGAGUUUAUCGACUCGGUGAGAAACAACGGCGGCCGCGUGUUCGUGCACUGCCAGGCCGGCAUCUCCCGCUCCGCCACCAUCUGCCUCGCGUACCUCAUGCGCACCAACCGCGUCAAGCUGGACGAGGCCUUCGAGUUCGUCAAGCAGCGGCGCAGCAUCAUCUCACCCAACUUCAGCUUCAUGGGUCAGCUCCUCCAGUUCGAGUCCCAGGUGUUGGCCUCCUCCACCUGCUCCUCGGAGGCCGGGAGCCCGGCGAUCAGCAAGAGCAGCACCGUGUUCAACUUCCCCGUCUCCAUCCCCGUGCACGCCUCGUCCGCUCAGCUCGCCUUCCGCCACAGUCCCAUCACCACCUCCCCCAGCUGCUGACCGAAAAAACAAACACAAAAAAGAAGCACCAAAACAAAACGGACUGCGUUUGUACUUGAAAUACCAAGUGACUUUGCACGAAGCACUUCACAGAAAGUGGUUCUGAUCCAUUUGUCCAUGUAUGGUGAUGCUGGUAUCGCCACACACAAUGGGUGCUGUAGCUUGGGGGGGGGGGGGGCAGUUCACUUGACUCUGCUGGGCCAGUCCACAGCUUGAACCUGACUAUUUCAGAGGGAGAUUUGACGACUACCAUCAGGCAGUAUUCACGCUUUGCUUCCUUAAUGUGAAAGCCAUCCCCGCUAGGGAGACGCUGAAGAAGAAAGUCUCGAGUGUUCUUUCUUUCAAUGACAGAUUUCUUAUUUUUAUGAAGGCGAGUGCUUUUGAUAAUCACAAUCAUGUUUAAACAAAACCGAGAGGGCUAUCAGUUGUCUCAGGAAUGUUUUUUUUUUUUUCUUUCUAACCUCUCAAACGCCUUCAUUUGUUAAGGAAGCCGUGCGAAAACCUGGUGUCCAAUAUGGCAUUUGAAUAGAGACGAAUGUAUCCCAGGCUAGGACUAGAUGUGUCAUAGAAUCUGUUCAUUUGAAGAGUUGAACAGGUUGGCGAUUAGGAUCCAAAACGUUUGUUCCUUUUAUUGUUAUUUUUUUAUUUUUUUUUGCCUUCCUAGAUAUCACUGACGAUCAUGACGUGUUGGGUUAUUCCGACUUUGAAAUACCUCAUGUUUUUGUACUAUGUACUGCAGCGCUGCGACGGGAACCCCAGAAUUUACUAAAAUGGGGGACCGGUGGGUCUGUUUGACUGUGUUCUGACAUAUUUAUUGACUAAAUUAAUAUAUUUCUUUAUAACAGCUAUUUUUACAGAUGUUCGUUAAAGAGUGUUUUUUUAUACGUGUGAAUAAAUCUCAUUGAGUUUUUCCUACUCAGUUAAA